AUGAAUGACAAAACGGAGAUCACAGCUACCAUGGAGAGUCCUGCAGCAGUGAGCCCUGGCGGGCUAUCUCGUCAGACCAGCAUUACAAAAACCAACUGUCUUUGCUCACCGACCACUCACCCGGGCUCAUUCAGGUGCAGGCUACACCGAACUCCUUCGCUGCAACGUACCAAGAGCGUUGAGACAACUAACAUACUUCAAGAUCCUACGGCUAAGCCGGGAGAUUCUAGCACCGGAGAUGAAUCAGCUAAGUAGUCACUGGAAUAGUAGGUUCGUUUGUGUUUUUCCUUUUGGAGCAUUAUGCUAGCUAUAUAUAUACAGUCAAACCUUUAUAAAUUAAUAAUGUUGGGACUAUACCAAAUUUUUUUAAUAAAUUUAUAAAGAUAUUAAUUUAUCGAUAUACUAAUUGAACCAAAAACUCAAUUUAGAACUAUA